CACCUGGUGUUUAAUAAGUGGUGUAAUUGCUAAGUAGGAGGGGGAAGAAUAUAUAGCCAUUGGUAAUUCGUGUGAAGGCAGUAUAACACAGGGGAUUAAAGUUCUGCCUGUUAGUAUACUCGUGAUAAUGGGCACUAUGAACAAGUCAACGUCCUCCUGUGCAUCCUCUUCGUGGCCGCAGUCAGCUGUCAGCAGAAAGAAUCGCUGGACGACAUCGAAACAAAAAACUCAGUCGAAGAGAAGAAAGAAGCGGAACCCGCCCUUGAGAAGAAACAGGACAAACGUCACAUCUACGCCUAUGGAUAUCCAGGAGUGUAUACCUUGCAUACAGCACCAACAUACCACUACCCUACAGCCGUUCUGAGUCCUGCCGUUGUACAUGUUCCUGCUAAAUAUCCGGUACCUGGUGCUCCUGCACAUGUUCUGUAGCCCCUGCACCUCAUGUGCAUUGGCUCCAGCACCUCAUGUUCGUAGCCCCUGCACCUCAUGUGCCAUGGCUCCAGCACCUCAUGUUCCUGUAGCUCCUGCCCCACAUGUGCCAUUGGCUCCAGCACCUCAUGUUCCUGUAGCUCUGCACAUGUUCCUGCUGUCCCUCAUUCCCCACACCGGUGUCCGGCUACCGUACCCACAUCCACACCACCAUCACUAAAGAAGUUCCUGUACACAUUCCUGGCACCUACCCGGUCACCGUUGAGAAACACAUACCCGUUCCAGUUCCUGCACCGUACCCUGUCCACGUUCCAAGCCCUACCCAGUUCCUGUUCCACAACCGUACCCAGUUCCUGUCGAGAAACACUUCCUGUGCCAGUCGACAGACCUGUUCCGGUCCUGUUCCGGCGACCGACCGUUCCGGGUCCUGUACAUGUUGCCAAGCGGUAGCUGUUCCAGUUCCUGUUCACCAAGCCUGUUCCUGUAGCGGUGCACUAUGCCAGGCCUCAUUAUGCACACUACUCUCACCCCCGCCCCCGCCCCGGUACCGGAGCAUCUGGUAGUGGCGAAAGAUAUGCAGCUGAUGAUACUGUAUCAUUGUUUGGA